AUGCUUGAUCACAAUAGCUAUUCAUCAAGAAACCACCAGCCUUUCCAGUUCUUCCCCCAGCAAACCCUCGACGGCACCUCGAGUACAAAUAACGGCUUUAACCGGUCAACACUCUCAACAUUAGAUACUGCCGCCGCCGCUAUCGCCGCUUCUCAGCGACACAGGACGCCUGCGACAUCAUCGUCGCAACAGAGCUUCGAGGGGGGAAGCAACAGCCAAAGUCUGACCCAGGUUCCCGACUUGAUGCCGUCAGACUCGUGGAUGCUUCACAGUAGUCAACAAACCCCUAGAGCAACACAUCGCUUUAGCCAUCAGCGCGAAUCCUCUCUCUCUUCGCUAGGAUCUAACGGUCCAGCAUCGCCGUACAAUGCCAGUACAUCGAAUCCGCACAUCGCCGUCCCCGAUUCAGGGAAUGACGGUAAUAACUACCACAAUAACCGUAAUAUCAUUAGCGGUCAGCAUAUGUCGCGCGAUGUAUCCUCGGUUGAUGGCUUGAGCAACCUAGCGAAUCAGCAGCAACACAAGUCAAGGAGUGACCGAGGCUUAGCUCCGGCUCCUGAGUUGUCAAUUGGUGGUGGUUCUUCUGCCAGAUCUCAUCCAGUUUCGGUGGCGAGUUCAGUUGCGGGUGACUCACCCGCGACGCCAUCUUUCCACGAGACCGAAGACGAUUGUCGAAGAUCAAGGAAUGUUUUUCACAACCCACAAGUUCCUAAGCUAGACCGCACCAUGACCGACAUCUAUAACGACGAGCUCUAUAACCCCAACUUCACUAUAACGUCAGCUUCUCCACCGCCCCAUACACAGAUGGCGAUGUCGCCAAGUAACGACUUGUUCGCUCAGAGGCUCCAGGCCGCGAACAGUCAACACCUGAGCGUGGUACAAUCGCCUGUCUCGAGCACAUCGCGAGAUGAUCAAUCUCCGUUCCGGCAAGGCUCGCCGUACGCCUCCGCUAUCAACGAUUUCCCUCAGGUGGGCGUGGAGCAGAUGCACAUCGGAUCGGCUCGACAGAUGAACCAGCGGUUGAAGGCUGAACGAGACGACAAGGAACUACAGCAACAGAUGGCGCGCAACUCUACGCAGCAGCAAGGAACACCAAACACGAUCUCGCCGAAGGAUGCGAUGCUUGACUUCAACGAGUCGGAUGAUGGUUCUAAUAUGCCGCUAUUUCAGCCGCAUGAGACCAGCAGUUACAGCAUGGAGCCUACGAACAACGGGGCCACAAAUGCAGCGUCUAGGACCAUCUCGCAACACUCAAGUCCAUCCUUCCAGUCAAUGGCGUCGACACCAAUACAGGCCGCAUUUAACUUCUCUAUGCCGAACAAUAUACAGAUGCCACAACAGUAUCCUUUCAUUGCGCACCGGCAACAGCAACAGCGCUCGACCCCUACAACCUCAACAUAUUCAAGGGUGAGCUCGACCGAAGCUAGCAACUCGGAGGGUGGCGAUAUCCCAAGCCAGAAACCAGCUGGGGCUGGUGCGGAUGGAGGUACUUACACCUGUACGUAUCAUGGCUGUACGCUACGGUUUGAGACGCCAGCAUUACUACAAAAGCACAAGCGCGAGGGGCAUCGACAAGCCAAUACCUUAAGCCACGUCAGGUCAUCCCCGACAACAACGAGUGGAAUGUCUGGCAACAUGCUCAACAGUCAGGCUGGGCCGCACAAGUGUGAGAGGAUAAACCCGAGCACGGGAAAGCCAUGCAAUACGAUCUUCUCUAGGCCCUACGAUCUUACGCGACACGAAGAUACGAUUCACAAUGCACGCAAGCAAAAAGUCCGCUGCGACCUCUGUACGGAAGAGAAGACAUUUAGUCGGGCAGAUGCGCUUACAAGGCAUUACCGCGUCUGCCACCCGGAUGUGGAAUUUCCGGGCAAGCAUCGGAGACGAGGCGGUGUUGGCGUAUGA